GUUCAGGAUGCUGACGUCAUCUGGCAGUGGCUCCCAGGUUAUUCAGAACAUGGAAGAAGGACAUUUCCCCAUUCAUGUGAAUAAUGGACAUCUUGUAUCGCACUUAUUGUAAGGAUUGCCUCUCCUAGCUUAAGAAAGUGAAGACUCUUGAAAUGGAGUAUUUCAAAAGGAAGUUUUUAUUAAGUAGAAAGGAAACCCUUAAGUUCAAAGCAACGUCUGAAUCUCCUUAGGCAAUAUAAGGGCUUCGCGGUAUUGUGGUGGAACCCAACUACCACCUUGAAGACAGGAAAGAAAACUUCACCAACUCCAUUGGUGGGAAUUGCCUCUUUAUCCAACCAGAGAUUGAUUUAAGGAAUGUCCACAACAGAAAAAUUGAAUACCAUACCAAAUAUGCAAGCAAUGCAAUCCACUUUACUAAUGAUCCAGGAAACCAUGAUGACGCUCCAAGAAAACAUAUGCAAAAAUCAUGGAGAGAUAAAAGUGGAGAUGAGAAAAGAGAAAAGAGAAGUGAAAAGUGAUAUCCAGAAGCUGGAUGAGAGAAUGGGCUCAAUACAGGAAGUGAUCCCGAAAAACAAUCAAAGAAUAAAAACAAUUGAAACAAGAACUGAACAAGAGAAAGAAAAUUAGAAUUGGUGGAUCAGAGAAUGAUAGGGUGGAAUAAGGAUUUAGAAGAUUCGUUGAUACACUUAGAGAUGGACCUCAUUUUACCUAAGAUUCAAAAAUGUAAUUGAGACUAAGGAAGAAGACCUGGUAAUGGUAAUGGUGGAGUGGAUAGCUGAAUCCCUUCAAUGGGAUAAACAAGAGAUUUUAAAUGAGUUGGAUGAAGUCUAUAGAGUAUAUAUGAACUACGCCAGACAUCAUAGGUUGCCGAGGGAAGUUCACAUAUGAUUUGCCUGGAAGAAAGUUUGAGACAUUAUCUACAAAAUUAUUAAGAGAGGAACCGAUGAGAUAUAAGGAUAAAGAAAUCAUAACAUUGAAACAAAUUCCUAGAAGAGUCCGAGAACAAAGAAAGAGCUAUCAAUUUCUGCCAACUUUGCUGAAUAAAUGAAAUAUACUAUUCUGAUGGUUAACCCUGGAAGGAGUGUUGGUAUCCUAGCAGGAUAAAAAAAAUAAAGUAGAUACCUUAGACAAGAACAAGAACUUUAUGACCAACUCGUUGGAUCAGAGAAAGAGCAUAGCAGCAGGGAGGAAUUAGAACAGAUGACCCAAGGAGAAGACCAACAGGCUGUGAAAGGAAAAGACCAGGAGGAAAGAAGUAAGGAAAAGAAAGAAUACCAAGAAGAAGAAGGAGUAAGAACAAAAACACAAAGAGAUACAAGGUCUAAUAGAACACUGCGGCUGGCACAACAUGCGAAGUAAAUUGAGAGAGCUAGUGGGAGCAUCCACCAAUUGGAGAGACCAUGUACAAGCAAUGAAUGAAAGAAAAUCCUUACAUACACUCCUUGCUAAAACUCAAGCUGACCUGUCCCCUAGGAAAAUGAAAGACAGCUAUAUAGAAGUUAUCUUGCCUUUAGGAAGUCAGCCUGAAAUAAGAGAAAAAUAUCUCAAUAUGCAGAACACAGUCAGAUUUGGUCGAAUACUUGAAGACCUUGACAGCUUAGCAGUUCUAAUUUGUUAUACUCAUACAAAAAACGAAGACACUCUGAGAUCUCCUUUAUCGAUUGUUACAGCACUCGUGGAUAAAAUUGGUUUAUGGAAACAGCAUAUUCAUCCUGAUUGUGAUAUCAAGUUCACUGGGAAUGUUUCCUGGGUUGGAAAAACUUCAAUGGAAGUGAAGAUACACAUGCUUCAGUUACUUGAUGCAAUCUAUUGCCCUGUGUUAGAUGCAACUUUUGUCAUGGUGGCCCGUGAUCCAGAAAAUAAAAGACCAGCAUUUGUCAAUCCAUUAAUUGCUGAAACCCCCGAGGAGGAAAAAAUCUUCAAGGAAGGAGAAAAGAACAAAACCAGGCGGCUUGAAUCUAGUAGGGCUUCUUUACUGAAGGUUGCUCCUACCGCAGAUGAAAGAAAUAUUAUCCACAAUAUGUUCCUGAAUACUCUGGAUUCAAGGACAGUAAGUUUUCGUAGUCGGGUAUUACUACCCAAUUCAGUAUGGAUGGAAGACACAAAAUUAAAGGGUUUGGAGAUCUGCCAUCCACAGGAACGCAACAUUUUCAACAGAAUCUUUGGAGGCUUUCUCAUGAGAAAAGCAUAUGAACUUGGUUGGGCUACUGCCUACAGCUAUGGAAACGCCAGACCUUAUGUGGUAGCUGUGGAUGAUAUUAUGUUUCAAAAACCAGUUGAAAUUGGAUCCUUACUAUUACUCUCUUCCCAGGUUUGUUAUACUGAAAAAAAUAACAUCCAGGUUCGGGUUCAUAGUGAAGUUUAUGAUCCAGACACCAGGGUACACCACACAACCAAUGUCUUUCAUUUCACAUUUAUGAUAGAGAAGGAAAUACCAGAUGUUGUUCCCAAGACAUAUGGUGAAUCUAUGUUGUAUUUGGAUGGAAAACGGCACUAUGAUUCAGUUAUGAAAGAAAACACAACAUAGGAUCAGCACAGAAUUAUAGCUUUGGAUGGCUUUGAAAAUUCAAACAUACUGGUUAUCAGAAAACUGAAAAGCAUUUUUACUCCAAAAACAGUACAGAAAUAUUAUAAAGGUUUUAGAUUUCUAUCAAA